GCCAGCCAGGGCACUAAUAUUAUUCCUGCUGGUCUUUCGCGAGGAGAAUAACAUAAUGGUUCCUCCGUGCUUCCGACUUUGUAUAUGAUUUCCCAGCUACUAUGUUCGUACCAAUUCGGUCACACUGAUCUCGUCAAGUUCAAGGAGGGAUUUUAGCGUGUUUAGAGGCAUCGGUUCCUCGGCCCGGUAAAACUGAGUCUCAUCGUAGUUCUCGAGGCUCGCGAAUAACUCUGAAUGUUUAAUAUUGAGGCGCCGCCAAACACGAUUAUACCAGUACUUGAUCCGUUGGCACACUCACAGUUUAUUUAAAAUCAGAUCUAAUCCAUCAUGGCGGUCAACUGGGUCGGAAUAGCCGGCAUCGUGGUCUUCUACAUCAUCAUCCUUGUCGUCGGACUAUGGGCGUCGAGGAAAUCGAAGGGGGACUCCGAUCCCGAUAGCGUCCUCGUGGCUAGCAGGGACAUGUCCCUGUUUGUCGGGGUAUGGACGACGGCAGCUACCAUUGUAGGAGGCGCUUACAUCAAUGGCGCUGCCGAGUCUGUGUUUGAAAGUGGCCUCGCUUGGACGCAGGCUCCUUGGGCCUACGCCAUAAGUAUGCCAUUGGGUGGGAUUCUCUUCGCUAAACACAUGCGAGCCAAAGGCUACCUCACCAUGCUCGACCCAUUCCAAGAUAAGUAUGGGAACAGGAUGGGAGGACUUCUUUUCAUUCCCGCGCUUUUUGGAGAGAUUCUCUGGUCGGCGGCCAUCUUGGCUUCCCUUGGUACGACAAUGAGUGUCAUCUUGGACCUCAAUGUCAAAUUGUCCGUCAUCAUCUCCGCAGUCAUCGUCGCUUUCUAUACUUUCUUCGGCGGUCUCUACUCGGUUGCUUACACCGAUGUCGUUCAACUAUUCUGUAUAUUCGUUGGAUUGUGGUUUUGUGUUCCUUUUGUGAUGACAAACGAACAUGCCGCACCGAUCACGUCUACAUCCUCAGAAUGGAUCGGAACAAUCGACCCAUCGGAUGCAGGAAUCUGGAUCGAUUUCACCAUGCUUCUGUUACUGGGUGGAAUAACAUGGCAAGCAUACUUCCAGCGGGUGUUGGCAGCGAAGUCACCCGAGAAGGCCCAGAAGAUGUCUUUCAUUGCCGGGUUCGUUGUCAUCAUCAUGGCUAUCCCAAGCGUACUCAUUGGAGCCGUAGGCUUCAACACAGACUGGAAUUCCACUGCUCUGGAUUUGAACAAGACCAAUCCUCACGAUCACCCUUCAUUGAUCCUGCCCUUGGUGAUCCAGUACCUGACGCCGACCUAUGUGGCCUUCGUCGGGCUUGGAGCCCUGUCAGCGGCCGUCAUGUCCUCCGCAGACUCGUCGGUGCUUGCCGCCAGUUCCAUGUUUGCACAUAAUAUCUGGGGAGGUCUGUUCCGAUCGAAGGUUUCCAAACGUGAGUUAGUAUGGGUGAUUCGAAUCUCUAUCGUGGUUACUACUAUACUCGCUACCAUCAUUGCUCUCACCGUCCAUUCCGUCUACUACCUCUACGUACUCUGUUCCGACCUCGUCUACGUCAUCAUCUUCCCUCAACUCGUCUGCGUUCUAUAUAUCAAGGUAUGCAACACGUACGGAUCUCUUGUAGGUUUCGUCAUCGCUAUACUUCUCCGAAUCGGCGGGGGAGAAGGUUCCCUCCACAUCCCCAUUUUCAUCAAGUUUCCAUUUUAUAGCGAAACGAAGGGUCAGCUGUUUCCAUUCCGCACUUUCAUCGUCGUCUUCUCUUUCGCGGUCAUCAUCGUCAUCUCGUAUGUCACCGACAUCGUCCUCAGGAGAGGUUAUCUUGGACCUAGGUGGGACAUAUUCAAAUGCGUCACCAGCGUCGAGCGCGUGCCUGACGAAGUAGAACACGAGGGCGAGGAGGAGAAAAUGCACAUGGAGAGAAAACGAUCAGGAGAAUGGCAACUCGGAGACGUGAAUGAGAUGAAGAAACCACUGGCGGGAAAGGAUGAGUCGGAAUACAUCCCAGGUGAAUCGAAGAUAUAGCCGAUCACGACGAUGUCCUAGCUACGCUCCCAAUAUACAUGUACGUUUAGCAUAAAACAUGUAAAAAACUUUUGAAUUAACAAGACGCCAGUGAAUGUACUAUGGCGCAAACUUGUUAAUAUGUAGGUCUACUGAAAUAUUUAUACGCAAGUACGCCCAUUUUUUUUUAAUCUGAAAGAUGUAAGUGUAUAUAUUUCAGGU